AUGCCGGUGCCAUGGCCAGACAGCCCUACCACCAUCAAUAGGCCCGAAGAUCGGGGAAUCACCGUGCAGCAGCUUCGGGAUUUGAAGCUGUUUUUGCAACGACUCUGCAAGACGGGGCAACUUAAGAAGGAUGGCUGGGCCGUGGAUUGGCACAGACUGAAUCAAUACCACAUCAGUGAGCUGGUCCUGGUACCAGUCAUUACACAUCUCCACGCAAAGUGCAAGCUUGAAGGGCAACCGCGUCGAUCCUGGGUGGAAUUAGUGGCUUCCGGACCCCAGCCGCCUGAGAUUCUUGUUAGUCACUCAUGGGCUGGUCGUUUUCGAGACUUCAUGGCGGUAGUAGAUAACCUUCUCUUGGAUAGAGGAUGGAGUUCGGCCGCGAGGAUUUGGGUUUGUACUUUUGCAAACUCCCAGUUUGGAGAGCAUUUUGGCCCCACUCUGGAAGAGAGUCCCUUCUUCCAUGCGAUCUCAUUGGCCAAGGGUACUGUUUUAGUCGUGGACAGGGAUGCUCAUUCGCUGACUCGAAUUUGGUGUGGUCUCGAGCUCCAUUUUACAGAGAAGCUGCGAAAGGAUUUGCAGGUCUACACUCCAAGCGGUCGCAUUGGAUCAACACGCGUCACCUCUGGGCCUUUGGUUGAAGCCAUCGCUUGUUGGGAUGUCACUUCGUGCGAAGCUUCGCAGCCUAGCGAUCGACGACAGAUCCUCAACUACUUGGCACAUCCCGCAAAAGAAAAGGAUGGACUCUUGAAGGAUGAUAAAGGCAACCUGGUCUUCGAGAAUGGCUGGAGAAAGGUCCUUGAAGACGAUCAUCAUCAACCAUGGUGGACCCCUUUGUCCUGCCACGGCCAGGCAAACAGCAGGACACGUGCCGAUGGCAAGCCAGAGUACAAACAUGAGACAGUGCUCUUCAAGCAGCAUGCAGAUGCAUUUUCCAAACUGAAUCAGCUUGUGCGUGACAAGGUCAAAAUCGCUGCAAGUGCAACUGAAACCAUUCGCAGUGGUCGUCCGUGUACGUUUGUGCCUAUCCCUAUUGAGCAGCGCGGUGUGCUGCUGGGCCACGUGCGUGCCUUUUUCAAGAGCUUGCGGCUGGAGAUCCAGGAUGGCACCCACUUGGACUGGGGCACUGUUACUACCCGAACUGUGGUCCAUGAGAUACUGGAGAAGCGCUAUUCUGAUACUUCGUAUGCAGAAACAGUGAAUGCUGGUCCAACUUGUGCAAAGUAUGUUAUUGAGCACAUGUGGAAUGGGAGGUUUUCUGACCUUGAAGCAGGGAUUGAAUGGUUUGCAGAAGCCAGGCAAUUAAACGAUCUCUCUGCCAUCUGGCUGGAUGUUCUUUGCGCUCGAUGCGGCAACGUUGCCUGCCAAGUAGAGGCGCUUAAGGAAGGAGCCGGCUUUCGCAAGAAUCGCGAUUCGGAUGGCCGGGCUUUUCUUUGGCCAGGGCAUGGGGUAGAGAUCAACCGUGCUUGGUUUAUGCACGCGCUCCACGUCACUCGAACAUCUGCAAAGAGCAUUGAUUUUGUAAGUUCCAUGGGGGCUGUGGCGUGCAGCGUUGCCUUUCCGGAUGGCUCAUGGGCGUUGGGAAGCUUCGAUGUGGGAAUUGCAAAUCAACUCUUGUACUUGGAUGCCAGUCAGAGCAAGGCUGACCGUCAGAAAGACGUUGAUUAUAUCAUCGGUGUCCUUGGCUCUGCGAAGGGUGGUUUCAAUCGUUUCCAUCAAAGACUUCGUCGUAUUGCAGUAGGGCCCGUGCUUCGUGAUGCUGCUGCACGUGGCAGGCCUGAAGAUCUGGCGCAGAUUCUGCAAGUUUGUGCUUCAUCUGGUCUGGUAAUCAACAGCAGCUCACUUGGAGGCAGCCUAGGAGAAAAGGCGACACAUGUGGCUGCAGCUGGUGGUCAUGUUGAAAUGCUGGAGGCUUUGCUAAACUUGGCUGCAGAUCCUAACGCACAGGAUCACAUCAAUGAGACGCCCCUGCAUUAUGCAGCCUUCAGCGGACACUUGGAUUGUGUGAAAUUGCUCCUGUCUCGGAGUGCUAACAUUUGUGCAGAGUCAGCCUUUGGAGAAACUCCUUUGGAUGUCGCUGCCGAUAAUGUGGCCGAGUUCUCCGGAGUGGAGACCGGAAGGAUUUGCACUCUCUUGGAGAUUUGGGAGGGGCAUCCAUAG